AUGAAAAUACCCAACCCGCGCGUUUAUUUAGAUGUAGCUAUAGGAGGAAGAAAUGCUGGAAGAAUGAUAUUUGAACUAUUCAUGGAUAAAUUACCAAUAACUUGUGAAAAUUUUCGUUGCUUAUGUACAGGAGAAACGGGUUUAGGAUAUUAUUUAAAACCAAGAUGGUAUAAAAAUACCCCCAUUCACAGAAUUGUUACGGAUUUUAUGUUUCAAGGAGGAGAUUUUAACUUUGGAAAUGGUUUUGGUGGAGAAUCAAUUUAUGGACAAUAUUUCAGAAACGAAAAAUUCAUAUAUAAGCAUUCAAAAAGAGGAGUAUUAUCUAUGUGUCAAACGAGAAUUAAACAUACAAACAAUUCUCAAUUUUUUGUUACAUUCAAAAGUUGUCCAUGGCUAGAUAAAAAACAUGUUGUAUUUGGUCACCUGGAAUAUGGUUUUGAAACCUUAUCUUUUAUUGAAGAACAAUCUACAUUAAUAGGAAAACCUAAGAAACAAGUUUACAUAUAUAACUGUGGUGAAAUUCCAUUAGAUAAAAUUAAAUAUAAAUCUUAUAGAAAUUCAAGUGAUGAUUAUAUUAUACCAGAUAUAGAAAUGCCUUUGUUAGAAAAAGACAUAGAUUUUAAUGAAAAUACAGAUUUCAAUGAAUUAAAAAAAAUAUAUAAAAACAGCAAACGAUUUUAA